CAGAUUUCACAUCUUGCUUGAGUAUUUGGUAACUUUUAAAAACCUAACACAACGAACUAUGUGCCUCCUAGAACUCUUCACCAAAUUGCGCCAAGCGAGUCUCCGUCGCCACGUUUAUGCCAACCAGUAAGAGAUCAGCAAGCAGCAAGCCAUGGCUACCCGUGUGGAGACUCAAGAUGGAGAAUACAGAAAUCCCAUCUACAACAGAAGCACAGAGCAGCUCAGCCGAGUGUAGAGCACCAAGGGACAGAGCUGACCUGUCAUCUGAUGGAAACAACUGGCUGUGACUGUUGUUGUUUUAAUAAAGGUUUGUGCUGUGCAAACUCACAAAAGCAUCUCUGUGUUGGUAUCGCCCUCUACUGGAUGCAGUGACAAGGUCUCUAAGCAUUAAAUCAUACAAUGAAAUAAAACACUGCAGAUUGAAGAUAUUCGUUGUUGCCUUUUAGAUCAUCAGGAUAAUUUGUCCCUUCAGUGUUUAAAAAUAUACAAAGACUUUGUGUUUUUUGGCAAAAAUAAGAAAAAUCCCAGUCAUGUUGCUCUUCUCUGUUGAAGCUCCGACCAAUUAAAGCAAACAAGAAGCAGCUGCUGCUCCUGUUUCAGACAGCAUCUGCAAGCAACAAUGAACUGUUUGGACUUUAUUUUGCUGGCCUUGAAUUUUCUGUCACUGAAAUGUCCAAAGUGUGACGCCUGGACUGAUUCAAGAUUUGACCAAACAGCUUUAUACAGCUCUGCCAAAGAUAAUCCAGUGGUUUGCUACGAUGAUCUUGUGUCCGUUCAUCUAUCAAAAGAGCAGUUUAGUAAUCUCCCCUUGACCAUUUACAUCCAAGGUACCGAUGAGCGUGGAGGAUAUUAUCAAGCUGCAGCUAUUGCCAGUCACUGCCACUACUUCUUUGGAGAAACGCACACCUCUGUCAUCCUAACGGUUGCCUUCCAUGGUUGUUUUGUGAAAAGACAGGAAAGCACGACCAGUCUCACAGUGGUGAUUGUUGCACCUGUGGAUGGAGGCGUACCUGAAAUCGUUCACUCCAUGAAGGUUGUCUGUGACAUAAAAAAGACAGAGACAAAGUUUCCAGACAUGUUAAAGGAGUUCUUCUGCAACAAAAAUGGCUUCAGCAUUACUAUUCCCAGGAAUGCAACAGACCCACCUCUGAACCUGGAUGCAAUAUGGAUUCCUUCUGACCCAAAUCACAAUUGUAAACCCCUGAAAAGAUCCUUUGAUGCCCUCACUUACAGCUUUCCGUUCACUGACUGUGGUACUCAGUCAAAGAUUGCAAAUGGAAACAUCACGUACUGGAUCACCAUCGAGGUGAAACGAUACCCGCAGAGAGGCGUAAUCAUUCGAGACACACCGUUUCGCCUUACUGUGAAGUGCAGCUUUGCACUGACUCAAAUGACACAACUGGGUUUUGAUGUUCAGCAAAGUAAAGCUGAUUAUCCAUCAGUACUGAAGAACAAAGGAGUACUACGCACUGAAAUGAGGUUUGCCAAAGACUCUUCCUAUAGAUCCUUUUAUUCCUCUGGUGACCCUCCAACAGUAGCUGAGCUUGGUCAACUGGUUUUUGUGGAGGUGUUCCUCAAGCACCAAGACGAGGACUUGGUUUUGUUAUUGGACGACUGCUGGGCGACACCGACUGAAGACCCACAUGACCCAUAUAGAUGGAACCUGCUUGUUAAAGGGUGUCCCUUCAGUGGUGACAGCCACAGAACGGUCCUAUUGCCUGUUUCCAAGGAGGAGGUGAAGAGUCCCUCUCUUCACAAAUGGCUUGUUGUGAAAUUGUUUUCCUUUGUGAAACCUUCAACAUUUGAAAACCUGGUAUAUUUUCACUGUAAUGUAGAAAUCUGUAAAGGACCAAAUUGCACUCAAUCCUGCAGCAACGACAACCGUAAAUUGAGAGGAAUCUCACCAGAACAAUGGCAGAGAAAUUUUCCCAGUGUUGUCUCGGGCGGACCUCUUCUUUAUCUGCAGUGAAAAAAAGGAAAAAUAGCAGCCAUGCUUGGAUGCAUUACAAAUAGUUCUGCUAAAUGCUCUAGUUUAAGGUUAUUUCUCAAGUAGGCAUUGUUUUUCAUCUUUUUUUUUAUUCCUUAUAUUUUAUAACAUUGAUUAAAGCUGUCUUGAUACGUAUGUGUGGAUGCAUGGAUAGACCUAUAUUUUGUAAAUAAAUAUUUUAUUUUA